AUGGAUACUUCCAUCUCGACUAUCACUGUACCAUUAUUACCAGACACUAUCAGCGUGCGUCGUAAAGAGCGACUUUUUGGCCACAAUUACAGUACAUUUGGAGCACCCCUGGUCCACUCUAGUGGCCUUAGAAAGUGGGUUUGUGGUGCCCUGCUGCUUUUCGUGUUGGUUAUUGCUGGGUAUUUGGUUUGCAUCAGAAAGGUUGACGGCUACACGGAUCAUCAAAGCAGCAUUCCUGCAAGUGCUGACACUGCUCGAUUGACAUCUCUGAGGGUGAGCGCGGCUGCCUUCUCUGCCCCACCUCAAGAGAGAAGCGUUGUUUGGGUUACGGGUUAUCAACCAUUUGAGGACUUCACCUUCAACCCAUCGGAGGCUGUUGCAAAGUCCCUCAACGGAAGCUGCACCUCUCACUACUGCAUCCAAGCGUUCAGUCUACCGGUUACGCACGGUGGCGCGUCUCAACCGGCUCGUUGGCUCAGAGAGGCCGACGUACACAAACCAGCAGCAAUUGUUCACCUAGGGUUGGAGGAUAGAGCAAAGGGACUUAAACUCGAGGUCGCGGCCAAGAAUAUCCUUGCUGAAAGUAACUCAUCUCUUCCCAUCCUCCCUAAUGUUACCUCUAUUCUCCCCUCAACCGCCAACCUCGGCUUGGUCAAUGGUAUUGAUUCUGAUGAGAUGUGGAGUGUCGAUGCAGGAAGCUUCUACUGCAAUGAGAUCUACUUCAGAACUCUUUCAGAAAUCCGAAGUCGAAACUUGAAUAUACCCGCCAUUUUCGUGCAUCUCCCUGAGCCCACGGUGAUGUCUUUGGAAGAGGAUGGUCGGCUGAUCAGGCGUUUGAUCUCACAACUCCUCGCAGUGGAUGUUCGUGUUUGA